AUGUUGUGGUGUCAGAACUACAAGCAAAGAGUGAGGUGUCAUGGUCUCGUGAGGCAGGUGGUGCGCAUACUACAGAGGCACAAUGUUUCUGCUUGUUUACCAUCCAUCCCCAACAUUUUGAAGCUGCGAUGUCUCAUUACGCGUGGUGUACAGAGAUGUAUUCAGCAGAUCAACAAGGCGAACAGAGGCAAACUUACCCCGGAGGAACUGAAAGAGAGACAGGGCAAAGCUAUGCAGGACCCUGAAAUCCAGAACAUCCUGACGGACCCUGUGAUGCAGCAGGUGUUGAUUGAUUUCCAGGAGAAUCCAAGGGCUGCCUAG